AUGGAUCAAGGCUAUGAGAGCCCCUUGUUUUGCCGCCACGACACACCCCCUCGCAGCGGCGUGCCGCCAGGUUAUGUGUCUAUACGCCCUCUGCUACUCCAGCGACAACAGUCGGAGUCAGACCAGCAAGAUCAAUACAGCGCAGAGUCAGGGGAGGAAGCAUUUCAAAGCUCCGGUCAGGCGAGACCUCCCAAUGAAGGAGGCCAAGGCAGAUCAAGCGCGCUCAUCGACUUUGACGAUGGAUUUGCAGAUCACGGCAACGACUCAGCCUCUGCAGCCACGGAGAGUGAUUAUGCGCAGUACACAUCUUUGCCGUCAUUCCUUGAUCAAGUAGCCACCCAGAGCUAUGACCUGAGAGAAAACGCUGCCUUUGGCGAGGGUCAAGUCUCGCCCGAUGACAGUCUCGCCGAGUCUCUUGAGCUCUCAGAUGGACGGUAUGAGCAGACUGUUGAAGCAGCUCAGCCUCAGCGUGGACCUGUCGGUGAUGAGAGUCCGCUCUUCUGCCGAGAUAAUACUCCGCCUCGCAGUGAUGUGCCUCGUAGUUAUCGAUCCUUGAGAUCGCUCAUGGGUACAAGAGCCCGCCGAAGUCAAUCUCCUGUGGCUCAAAAUAAUCCAGGUCUACGCGAAACGUCGCGUGGACUCGAGACGCAGCACCGUCAGUCAACCGGAGCUACACAGCUACUCAGCAGUCUUCCUUUAACCCACUGGCACCUUUCCAGACUACUCCCUCGCGACCUCAGCCACGCCAACGCCCAAUUCCAGCCUCGCCAACGACAUGCACUCAGUCUGCUGCUCAGCAGAGACCAAUCCUACCAUACGUCUUCCAGCCCUCAAGCGUACCACAAACCCCCAUGGAGUCCACCCUGGCCGUCCCUCUCAUCACUAAAGGAGAAGCAAGAUCAGGAACUGCUGUCUAUCCCAAACUAUCACCCGUCACCACCACGACCGCUGAGAGACUCUACACUCUCACUGAUGCCCAAGUGUAUUGGAACUCUCGCGGCAGACCUCAGUGCUUCAAGGUCGGCUGUGACAAUAAUCAGGGUAUUGGUUACAGUAGUGAGGUUAGCAGAGACGAACAUAUCACGAACACGAGGUAUCACAGUCAGAUCCCUCACCUUGGGUACGGGCAGAACAAGCGAGGUUAUCAAAAUGGAAGAGAAUAUCCACUGUUCAUGUCUCACAGGCUCAUGA